CUCUCACUCCCACUGCCGACUUUCGCCUACGCCGCACCUCACUCUCGCCGCCUUUGCACAGCCCUGUGCACAUCAAGACUACGCGUCGCAUCGCAUUGCAUCGCACUGGGCCCGCGCCGCAAUGUCGCUCGCCGCCCAGCUCGCCGAGCUCUCGCGGCCGGCGCCCAAGCCGCUGACGCGCGACGUGCUGGCCUCGGACGACGAGGCAGCCUACUCUGGCGGCUCGGACGAUGACGAUGCCGGCGGCUCAUCCGACGACGGGCGUGCCGAGCCGAACCGCGAUCACUACGAGAAGGUAGCGCGCUCGCAGCGCCGCCGAGCCGCGCUCGACGAGACGGGCACGCUGCGCUCGGCAAAGUACCGCGGCGAGACGGUCAGCGCGCGCAAGGCGCUCGGCGCCGAGGAGAGCGACGAGGCGAGCGACGACGAGGAGGAGGCCAGCGAGGAGUCCGAAGAGGAGCUCGAGGGAGACGAGGACGAGGAAGAGGCAGGCAGCGACGCUGGCCCGGCAAGGGCACCCUCGCCGCCCUCGCGCGUCAAGUCGCUGCGCUUUGCCGAUCCUUCCUCCUCGGAGCAAGCGGCUGAUCCACGCACGCUUGCCGGUGCGGCGGCGUCGGAUGCCGCGCUGCUGGCCAGCCUGCGUGCACAGAGCGCUGAUGACGCCGAGCGUGGUCGUGCGGUCCGCGAGCUGCGCGCGCUGUGGGAGGGUGCGCUGGCGAUGCGCAUUCGGACGCAGGCGUUUGUGCGUGGCGCUGGACGGAUACGACCGACCGCUUUGAACGCUCUCCCCGACUUGGACGACGCCGCACAGUCAUCACACGCCGAGCUUCUGAGCACGCUGAGCGAGCUCGAGGCAGGUCUCUUCGCCACGCGUCACUCGCUCGUCUCUGCAGACGAAGACCCCGACCUCGCUGAGGCAUACGCGGGCGCAUCCAAGAAGCGCAAGCGUGCCUCGUCUGCCGAUGCCGAGGCCGCGCAUCUCGCCAGCGUCGACAGCUUUCUGGCGCUGCACGACGAGACGAGUCGGCGUGCCUGCACUGUGCUGGACGCCUGGAGCGUCGGCGCGCAGGCUGUCGGCGCCAAGGAGCUGCGCGCCGUGAACCGCGGUGCGGGCGAGCAGGUGCGCACGGCCAUGAGCGGCGAUAGCGCAGAACGCCUCAUUCGGCGCUCGCGCAUCUGGCGCGGCGAUGCACGCGUGGGCGAGGAGCAGCGCGAGCAGAACGACGAGGCGGACCCGGAGGUCUUUGACGACUCGGACUUCUACGCCACGCUGCUGCGCGAGCUGAUCGAGAGCAAGGGAGAAGGCUCGAGUGGUGCAGACCCCUCAUUAGGCCUGCCGGUGCGGUCAAAGGCGCCGAAGCGGGCCGUGGACACUCGUGCCUCAAAGGGUCGGCGGUUACGCUACGAGGUGCACGAGAAGGCCGCACACUUCAUGCCGCCCGUGCCGCGCGAGACAUGGACGACGGAGCAGCGGCAGCGCCUCUUUGCGCAGCUCGGCGGGCUGCGCAUCGAGCCGACGGCCGUCGAGGCAAAGAGCGCGGCAGCGCUGCCAGAGGUGGACCUUGGCGGGCUGCGUAUGUUCGGCUGAAUGGCAUCGCUCGUCACCGGGCUUGGAGUGUGUGAUGCCAGUGGACAGAGCGAGCUCGCAGCGUGUGAGAGCUUUGGCUCAGAGUCCGCACACACGACAGAGCCAGAACCACCUCGGCCGUGU